AUGCCCAGUCAACUUCUUAAUGAAACGAUCCUCCGCCACGGCGUCCCCUUCGCCGCCCUCUCCCUGCUCCUCGGCCCCCUCCUCAGCCAAGACCAACCCGAAGCCGCGGCGAAGCCCUUGACCGAAACCCAGCAGCCCCCCUCUGAUGUUUCCGCUGUCGGCUCUAGGCUUCGGCAUGUCCACGUCCACCUCCGCCUCAGCGACCCCCUCUUCCUGGCCUCGGAGUGGAGGGGCCACGCGGGAAACCACGGUCUGCAGGUGGUGGAUGAGGGAAUGGAGGAACGCUGGGACUUUCAUCCCCCACCUCGCGAGGGGCGUCCAAGUCCCCAUUCCCGGGCACAGCCGCAGGCGGGAUCAGAGAGGGACACGGAGACGCAAACGCAGACGGAGACGGAGACGCAAACGGAGACGGAUGUGUCUGAACUAGUGACACUGACUUCGUCUCCGAGGCCGAGUCCGACACCGACACCAUCCCCGCCGCGGGUGUCAACCUCGCCAUGGGCGCGAAGGCCACAACGGGUGUCCCGACUCCGCGCACAACCUGCCCCCCUUCCCAUCCCAAUUACCGGACCCCACCGCCCGCUUACCCACCGCCUACAGUCACAGCGCACCCGCCCCUCGUCUCCGCUCCUCCCCCGGCACGAUCUCUCAGCUCUGAUUUCCGCGGUCGAGGCUCGGGCUGAGGCAUACGUGCGGUCGCGGUUCUCGGAUUUGGAUUGGGACGCGGACGAAAACCAGGACGAGAACGGGGGGAACGAGAAUCGGAACUGGCUACCGGAGGAGUGGAGGGAAUUGGUGGGAUGGCGGGACUGGGAUUUGCCGGAAGGUUGUUAG